AUGAACAAAACUUACAAAAACAAUAAUACUGACUCAAGAAUCCUUCUUAUUAGAGUCUCACUACAGGUUGGAUUUAUUUCACAGUCCCAACAAUUCAAGAAUUCCAGCAAGAAUGAAGAUAAUGAUCGUAAUGAUAAACAUCGGGAUAAAGGUGGUGGUGGUGGUAAUAACAAUUGUAGAGAUUGCCCUGAACAAGCUCUUCAAAUCGUGAUGAUGGCAGAGAUACUAUUACUAUUUGGAUUUUUUUUAGCAACUACUCAAUACAACAACAACAAUGAUAACAAUUAUCAAGACAAUAGAAAUUUUAAAUAA